AGUCAUUUCGUUGCGGAAUCAACUCUCAUCGUCCAACGCCACACGAAACACCGUUCUAUUCGAAUGCGAAGAAGGGGAACAAUUUCCAUAGAAAGAAACGAUACUCUCGCCAUCAUCGACAUCCGCUUCCUUCUCUCAAAACUUCCGAACUUCCUUUCUUUUGUUCUCUUGAAGCCACCACCGCCACCAUCAUCUUCGUUGCUUCUUCUUCUACUUCUUCCAUUUCGGGUUUGAUAUGGGUGCCGAGGUUAAGAUCUGGAAUCCCGUGGAAGUAGCAGAGCAAGCCCGCAAAGACUAUGCCUCGCAGAUUCAUUCUUCUCAGCUCAUCAUUGACCCUUCGCUCUCUUUCUCUCAAAUGAAGCCUCUGAUCAUCAAGUUGUGUAAGGAUAUGUUCAAGGAUUGGUCAAAUUUGGAUGAUUCUUGCUUUGAUGUUGAUAAAAUAUCUGGAGGCAUAACAAAUUUGUUACUCAAGGUCAGAGUUAAGGACGGAAGUUCUGUUGAUGACAUUAUUACAAUCAGACUGUAUGGACCAAACACUGAGCACAUUAUUGAUCGUCACAGGGAGUUGCAGGCUACCAAAUACAUCACAUCUGCAGGAUUUGGGGCUAAAUGGCUUGGAAUUUUUGGAAAUGGCAUGGUGCAAUCUUUUAUAAAUGCACAUACUCUCAGCCCAUCAGAUAUGCGGGAGCCAAAGUUGGCUGCUAAAAUAGCAAAUGCAUUGAGAAGAUUUCAUCAUUUGGAAGUUCCUGGUUCUAGGGAACCCCAAUUAUGGAACGAUGUUUGGAAGUUCUUUGAGAAAGCUUCCACUCUAAAGUUUGAUGAUAGCGAAAAGCAAAAGGCUUAUGAGACUAUUUCAUUCAAGGAAGUUCACAAUGAAAUUGUUGAACUGCAGGAGUUGACUGACUGUCUCAAUUCUCCAGUCAUCUUUUCUCACAAUGACUUGCUUUCUGGAAAUAUAAUGGUUAAUGCUGAAGAAGAUAAAGUUUACAUCAUUGAUUAUGAAUAUGCCUCGUACAACUACAGAGGCUUCGACAUUGGAAACCACUUUGCAGAAUAUGCUGGCUUUGAUUGUGAUUUUGAGUUGUACCCAAACAUGAAUCAACAAUACCAUUUCUUCAGGCAUUACAUACAACCUGACAGACCAAAUGAGGUUUCUGAGAAAGAUCUUGAAACAUUUUAUGUUGAGGCAAAUACAUAUGCAUUGGCUUCGCACCUUUUCUGGUCUUUGUGGGGGAUAAUUCAGGCAAGGAUGUCGCCGAUCGAUUUUGAUUAUCUUGGUUACUUUUUUCUUCGAUACAAUGAAUACAAAAGGCGGAAAGAAAGUUUUAUGUUGAUGGCGCGAUCCUAUAUUUCUGGUGGCAAGAAUAAGGCUCCAGAGUCCAGAGCCAUGUAGUUCAUUAUUUUUGUAAAAUAUCUUGUGUAGCUGCUGAUGAGAAUAAUGGCAAUUUUGUGCGUCUAGUUUGAGCUUUAGAGGCUCUUUGCUUUUCAUGUAGUCCUGUUACUCUUGCUUUCUGUAUGUUAUUCUUUCUCCUUUAGUCUUCUACAGUGACAUUAACACAUUUUUUUGGCUGUUAAGUGCAGUCCUUAUUGUUUGUUGUAAGAAAUAACAUUUAACAGCAGUAGAAAGAACUAUUGAUAUUCUCAGUUGUGAUAUAUAUAGCUCGGGCAGAAGGAUUAAUAUUCGAA